AAGAAACAGGUCAGCAGGACACUGAUUGCUAACAAUGAUGGGAGACCCGAUCAAGUUAAAAGAUGAAGGAAACAUCCACUUCCAGGCAGGAGAUACCGAAAAUGCCAUUGAGUGCUACACUAAAGCCAUUAAGGCGUGCAAGGACAAAAAAGUGCUUGCUGUCAUUUACAGGAACAGAUCUGCAUGCUACAUAAAAAAGGAAAACUAUGCCAAUGCAGCAUCUGAUGCAUCUAAAGCAAUUGAUGUUGAUGCUGCAGAUAUUAAAGCCUUGUAUCGGCGUUGCCAAGCUCUGGAGAAACUAGGAAAACUGGACUUGGCUUUCAAAGAUGUGCAGAGGUGCGCCACCCUGGAACCAAAGAAUAUGACAUUCCUGGAGACUCUCCGCCGGCUGGGAGCAGACAUCCAGGCCAAGCUCAAGACAUCAUUCUCCACAGAUUCAAGGGUACAGACCAUGUUUGAAAUUCUCCUUGAUGAGGAAAUGGAAAAAGACAAGAGGGAAAAGGCUGCCAACAACCUGAUCGUGCUGUCAAGAGAGGACGCCGGAGCAGAGAGAAUCUUCCAGAAUAACGGAGUGCCUCUGCUGCUCAACAUGAUAGAGACCGGCAAACAAGAGAUGAUCCUGGCUGCUGUUCGUACUUUGUCCGGAAUAUGCACAGGACACAAAGCUCGGGCCAUGGCCAUCAUUCAAAUGGUGGGUGUUGAUAAGAUGUGCAGCAUCAUGGCUGUUGACAACGAGGAGAUCUCACUGGCAACCUGCAACCUCUUCCAGUGCAUCAACGAAUCCCUCACUGGUGAAGAUAAAAGGGAAUAUGGGAAAGAAGAAGCCUUGGUUUUGGAUGCAUCUAAAGACCUGAAAACCAUUCUCCUCUCUCUGGUGGAGAUGGUUGCUAGUAAGAAGGUGUCUAGCCAUGGCAGAGACCAAGCACUGAACCUCCUGAGCAAAAAUGUACCUCGCACUAGCAUGAAAGUGAAAGACAACUCCAGGACACUCUUCACUAUUGACCACGGUCUGAAGAAGAUCCUCAAGGUGUGUGGUCAAGUUCCAGAACUGCCAGACCAGCUGCCCAUGACAGAGAACACACAGCUGAUUGCCAGCGUGCUGCUCAACAAGCUCUAUGACGACCUAUCAUGCGACCCAGAGCGAGACAACUUCAGGGACAUUUGUGAUGAAUAUAUCAAAUCCAAAAUUGACCCCAACGACAUGGACAAGACCAUCCACGCUAUAAACACCAUCUCAGGGCUGCUUCAGGGUCCCUUUGAUGUCGGUAACGCCCUGGUUGGACGGCAAGGCAUAAUGGAGAUGAUGGUGGCACUGUGUGGCUCCGAACGUGAGGUGGACCAGAUGGUUGCUGUGGAGGCGCUGAUCCAUUCCUCCUCGAAGAUUAGCCGUGCCUCCUUUAUCAUCACUAACGGUGUGUCACUGCUCAAGGACAUCUACAAGAAGACCAAGAAUGAGAAGAUUAAAAUACGUUCGCUGGUGGGUCUCUGUAAACUGGGUUCAUCUGGAGGUGAUGAUUACAGUUUAAGGCAAUUCGCUGAGGGCUCAACAGAGAAGCUGGCCAAGCAGUGCAGAAAGUGGCUCUGUAAUCCCCAGAUUGAUACUAAAACAAGAAAGUGGGCUAUUGAGGGUCUGGCUUAUCUGACUAAUGAUGCUGACGUGAAAGAUGACUUUGUUGAAGAUGAGAUUGCCCUGAAAGCCAUGUUUGACCUGGCCAAGUCUACGGAUAAGACGAUCAUAUUUUCAGUAGCCUGCACAUUGGUUAACUGCACCAACUGCUAUGAAAAGAAGGACGUUAUGCCUGAACUAGUCCAACUAGCCAAGUUCUCAAAACAACAUGUGCCUGAGCAACACCCCAAGGACAAGAAGGACUUUAUUGAGAAGAGAGUGAAAAGGCUGCUGAAGGCUGGAAUCAUUUCAGCUCUUGCUGUCAUGGUCAAGGCGGACAGCUCUAUCCUGACCGACCACACCAAGGAGAUGAUGUCAAGAGUUUUCUUGGCAUUGUCAGAUGAUCCCAAAGAUCGUGGCACUAUUGUAGCACAAGGUGGGGGAAAGGCUUUGAUACCACUCGCUCUGGAAGGGACGGAAGCUGGGAAGACAAAGGCAAGCCACGCCAUUGCCAAGAUUGCAGCUAUUUCCAACCCAGAAAUUGCCUUCCCUGGUGAGAGGGUGUAUGAGGUGGUGCGACCUUUAGUCGGCCUCCUUCACACAGACAAAGAUGGAAUACAGAACUUUGAGGCUCUGCGAAGCCUUACCAACUUGGCUGGUUUCAGUGAAAAACUAAGACUAAAGAUUUUGAAGGAGAAAGCUCUGACAGACAUUGAGAACUACAUGUUUGAGGAUCAUGACCAGAUCAGACAGGCUGCCACUGAAUGCAUGUGCAACCUUAUUUCAUGUAAAGAGGUCCAAGAGCGCUAUCUGGCCGAUGGCAAUGAUAAGCUGAAGCUGCUGGUACUGCUAUGUGGUGAGGAUGACGAAAACAUUCAGGUACCUGCAGCUGGAGCUCUCGCCAUGCUCACUGCUACUCAGAAGAAGAUCUGCACCAAGCUGACCCUUGUGACUACACAGUGGCUUGAGAUCCUGCAGAGGUUGUGUCUACAUACCAACCUUUCCAUACAGCAUCGUGCCCUUGUAAUUAUCUACAACAUGCUCAACUCAGACAACAAUGAGCUGGCCAAGAAUCUGAUCGAGAGUGAGCUGCUGGAAAUCAUCUCAAUCAUUGGCAAGGCGGAGGACAAUCCCAAGAGGCAGCAGGCCAUCGAUACAGCACGUACAUGUCUGAUCAAAGCCAUGGAUCUUGGUCUCAUCAAACCGUUUGCCAGCCCUUCUUAAAAUCUGGCUCGAUGGAUAUUUCUUUUUAUUUCCUUUAAAUACAACUUUUUUUUGCAAAUGUGUUCCCCAUCGAAGAUAUGAAAGGAUUCUCUGAUCUGGAGCCAAAUCUCUAAAGAUAAUUUCUCAGUAUAAAUCAGUGUUUUUAUUUUUUACAGAGGCUGUUUUGGGGCUUGGGCAGUAGAAUAUGCACACAUCUAUUUUCCAUCAGGACGCAUUUUUCUUUAUUUUACAAGCGAUGUAUUAUUUCCCUUUGUGUUGCACUGUAACUGUGAAUUCAUAUUUCAAGACUGAGCAGUUUACAUGUGUUAGUUCCACUGUUUGUCAUCUGUGUGAUUAGAUGACACAAAUAAAUAUACCCUUUAAAUAACA